AUGAAUACAUCUGUACGUAUUAGAGAGAGAUGUAGACAAUUUUUAAAACGACAAACAACAGAAAUUUGUAAUGUAUGGUGCACAGCAGCGAUACAAGCACAUGAUCAAAAACAAACGGAACGUCUAGUUCGAGAUGGUUCUGCCGAUCUCCGUCACCUGAUUGAAGAUAUCAUCAAAAGUGGAAAAACUAUGACUAAGGAAAAAGCAAAACAAGAAUUCGAUAGUAUGUGGAACAAGAAGAUUCAAUCAAUUAAAAAUAAUAUCAAACCAGAAGAGAGAUUAAAAGAAGCUAUUAAAUUUGUUUAUGCAAAUUAUAAUAUUUUCGAGAAAGAAUCUUUACCAUCUCAUGAGGUCAUACUUAGUCACUUGGAAUUCAUUCAUGAAUUGAGUAAAAAACAAUAUUUGAAAGAUGUUAUCGUUUUAAUACAGAACUUUUUUGUAGACAACGUGUCUAAAUUACCGGACAGUGCGUUGGAGCGGUCUAGGCAAAAAUCGGAUGCCACUGUUGUGUACACAUGCUCAACUCUUCACAAUUUUAAAUAUUUAUAUAAAGAAACAUUGACCAAUUAUUAUACCGCAGGCACCAUGGAUCUACAAACUCCUCGGAAAACAAGUACCAAUCCAAUACCAUUACGAUUUGAUUUUAUAAAGAAUAUUCGUGAUACGAUCUUGAUACAAAUGACUAGCGAUCCAAAAUCCAAGUCGAACAUAUUAAAUAUUCCAGAGCUCUUUCAUAAAAUAAUGAACGGCACAAUAGCAAUAGUUGAUGGAAAUAACAGAAUUCGUCGACCAAUUGAAAUCGAUCUUAUACAAAAAAUUGUAGGAUUUAUUAACACAUAUAUCAAUGAAAUCAAUCUUGAAUUAGUUGUUUUUAAAUUCAUUAUUGAAUUACUUUAUUACUAUGUUGUACCCGACGCAGAAUGUGAUAAAGAAGGGGCAGAAAAUUUUACAGAUAAGAUUCGAAGUACGAUUCAAUGUAGUUUAAUGCGUGAUGGACAAAAAAUUAUAACACGCAUCGUUGAAACACAAAAAAAUUUAAAUCGAAAACACAUUCAAACAAUUUGUGAUGGAAAAUUAUUAGCUGUGGCAUCAGAUGAUAAAUGGUUACUCCGUUAUAUUGUUGCACCGAAUGAUAUUAUUGAAGAAGAAUUUAAAAUAUUAUGGACAGCAGUUGAAGCUAGAGUUAAUCAACAAUUAUCUAAUGAAAAAAAUCAAUGGAGAAAUAUUUUAGUUGAAUUUUUUAAUUGUAUUGAAUUUAUGAAAUCGUCACUCGCUCAUGAAGGCUCAUCUGUACAAUAUAUUGAUGAUAUGUUUGAAGCAUCAGGAGGAGCUGCAGUUGAUAAUUUAAAAAAUAAAGGACAAUGCAUGGUUUUAUUAUUAUUUACAUAUUUAUCUGGCAGCAAAAUCAAGGAAGGAACAUCUUAUACUGUAUUUGAUAAAACGUAUACAUUAAAACCAAAAGGCUUAAAGUUAUUUGAAAAACUACCAGAACAAAGUCUGCAGUUAGCUAAUUUAAUAAAAGAAAUGAGCGAUAGUGAUAAUUCUAAUAACAAUCGAAUGGUAUUAGCUUCGAUAAAAAAUUUGCACGUUUUUCUUCAAGGUAUUAUGGAUGUUCAACAUAAAAUUGAACAUGAUUAUGAUAAUACUCCAGCCACAUUUGCAGCAUUUGACAAAGAUCAAAUUUAUUAUAAAUUAUUAGACAAAGCGUCUGGUUGCACUUCGAAAUGUCCUUGUUGUGACAGACCUUGUGAUGUUGAUCAUAGUGCAAUAAAAUCCAAUCCAGGCGAUGAAAAUAAUCGUCAUGCUUGUCAAACUGGUCACCAAUUGCGGGCAAUGGCUGGAACUAAGUUUGAAAUCUCUAAUGAAGCGUCAUUAUUUCAAUGUGAACAAAUGGAAGAUGAUAAACCAAUUAUAGUUCGAGGUACAAAGAAAAAAUGGUCGGAAUUUAAGAACGAUCAUUCCGAUUGGGAUUUCGGUAAUUCAAUCACACCAGAUGAAUUAUGGAAAUUACAUGGUAAAUUUCUGAACGUUUGGAGUGCAAUUGGUCAACACUUAUGUAAAAGGUAUGGCAUGAAAUUUGUCACAAAGAACACUCCACAAGCUGCCCCAAAGCCAUUUCAUUAUAUAUUAUUACUUGAUGCAUCAGGUUCAAUGAGUGGACAGCCAUGGAAGAAUUUACUUGACGGUGUUAAAGAGUUUAUUAAUAUUCGUAUUGAUUCCAGUGUAGCAGAUCGUAUGACAAUUAUUGUAUUUGCUGAUAAUGCAAAGUAUGCUUAUUUUAAUACUGACAUAAAAACCAUCGAUGUGAACCAAAUACAAUUUACAUCUGGUAUGACCAAUUUUAGUAAUGCGUUUGAUUUGGUAGUCCAAACCGUGCAAAAGGCACAACCUCAAAACCCGAUGUCCAAUUCUAUUACAAAUUUAGAUUUUAUAAUUAUAUUUAUGAGUGAUGGACAAGCAGAGUGUCCUGAUAGACAACUACAAACACUAUUAACAAUGAAAACAAAAAUUUAUCAAUUUUGGACUGUUGCACUUGGAGAUACAGAGAUGGAUACUUUAGAAGAAAUCAAUCAAAAAAUGGGCGGUACUUUCAAAGAAUUGAAAGAUUCAGCUGAUCUCAUUCAGAUUUACGCAGAGAUCGCUCAAAAUUAA